UGCCCUGUUGUUCUACAACCUCCCAUUUAUAGAGACUAUGAGCAUGUAUUGUGGCGCCCUCGAAAAGCUGGAAAAGUCUUGUUAAGUUCUGUGGUCGCCGUCGGCGUAACAGUUGGAAAUUCCCAUAAGAUCCAAUGUUAAAAUCGACGACAGCGCUGCGAUCCUCUCCCGCCACAUGCUCACAUAUGAAUAGUCUAGUAUAGACUCCAUGCUACUACUCCUACACCUAACAAUUCACAUGCUGCACGCGCUACUUCUUGAGGUUAUGUCUCACCAAUAACGCUACGGUAAGGUCUUUUCCAAUCGUGCUCUGACCAUGGCGAAGAAGUCCUCGUCAGACAAAUCGGCGCAGUCCGAGGAAACUGGCAAAGCUAACAACGAUGAAGCUACCAACGGUACCGAGGAACCGCCAAGUUUUAGUGACAGUGAAGACUUCGUCGACGAUGUCGACGACGAAGAGCUCUUGGGAGAUAUUCUCGCAACAAAACCCUCGGAAACCGAUGGAGUUGAGUCUGUCAUCGUUAUCGAUGGCGUCCCAAAGGUUGAACCCAAGCGACUUGAGAAAUUGCAAUCUGUCAUAGAGAAGAUCUUUGGAAAAUUUGGGCAGAUUGUUAACAAAUUCUAUCCCCAGGACGAGUCCGAGAUGACUAAGGGCUAUGUCUUCUUCGAGUAUAGCAGUCCUCAAGGUGCUCUCAAUGCAAUAAAAAAUGCCAACAACUACAAAAUCGACAAGGUUCAUACUUUCAAAGUCAAUCUCUUUACUGACUUCAAGAAAUAUGCAAGUAUUCCAGAAGAAUGGGAGCCGCCCAAGCCUCAACCAUUCAAGGCUGCUUCGGAUUUGCACAGUUAUUUAUUAGAUCCAGAUGCAUAUGAUCAGUUCUGUAUCGUUACUGGUAACCCUGGUUCUACUACUGUACAAGUCUGGCAGAAUGCUGCACCGGAACCUGUGAAUCUGGAAGACCGUCUUCGUUGGACAGACACCUAUGUCAAAUGGUCACCAUUGGGUACUUACUUGGCCACUUUCCACAAAUUGGGAGUGGCUUUAUGGGGUGGUCCGACUUUUACACAACAGGUCAAAUUCAUUCAGCGUGGUGUUGAGUGUAUUGAUUUUUCACCCUGUGAAAAAUACCUUGUCACCUAUGCUCCCCGUGCUGAAGGUACAGACAAGAGACUUAUUAUGUGGGAUAUUCUCUCUGGACAAGAGAAAAGAUCUUUCUAUCCAGAAGGACCUAACAUUUGGCCAAUCUUCAGAUGGUCACACAACGAUCAAUAUGUGGCUUACAUGGGUGAUGACGUUCUAAGUGUUUAUGAAACUCCAUCCUUUGGCUUGCUGGACAAGAAAUCUAUUAAAAUCAAAGGUAUCAGAGAUUUUAGCUGGUCUCCAACGGAUAAUGUCAUUGCUUUCUGGGUACCUGAAGAUAAAGAUGUACCUGCUCGAGUAACACUGAUGGAAAUACCUAGCCGUAACGAAGUUCGUAAAAAUAAUCUCUUCAAUGUGGCCGACUGUAAGAUUUACUGGCAGAAGUCUGGCGACUAUCUUUGCGUGAAAGUCGAUCGUUUCGCCAAGAAAAAAGAGAAAACUGAGCAGAAAUAUACCGAGAGUUGUAAAUUUCAAACGUUGCAACACUUUCAGGGAAUGUCUUACAACUUUGAAAUCUUCCAUAUGCGUGAGAAGUUAAUUCCCGUCGAUAGUGUUGAAAUUAAAGAACCAAUACAUGCUUUCGCGUGGGAACCAAUUGGUAAUAAAUUUGCCAUUAUUCAUGGCGAAGUGCCGACUGUUAGCGUUAGCUUUUAUGAAGUACGCUGUGGUCAUGGACCGGUACUUCUUAAAAAAUUGGAAAAGAGAGCGUGCAAUCACUUAUUUUGGUCUCCGUCGGGUCAGUUCAUCGUGAUGGCUGGUCUUACCACCAUGUCUGGUGCUUUAGAGUUCAUUGAUACUAAUGACUUCACCAGUAUGAACUUGACAGAUCACUACCAAACUUCUGACGUCGAAUGGGAUCCAACUGGCCGUUAUGUGGUAACAUCAGUGUCAAGCUGGAAGACAAGCGUUGACAAUGGUUACUGGAUGUGGACGUUCCAAGGUAGAAUCUUGAAGCGAGUUAAUCUUAAUCAAUUCAAUCAGUUCCUCUGGCGUCCAAGACCACCAACUCUGCUUACUACAGAGCAGAUCAAGGACAUCAAGAAGAACUUGAAGAAAUACUAUGCUCAAUUUGAGAGCAAAGAUCGUAUGCGACUAACACGUGCUUCCAAGGAACUGAUUGAGAAAAGACAUAGUUUGAUGAAGGAAUUCGACGCCUAUCGUAGCGAACGCUCAGAACAAUGGAACAAGCAGAAGAAACGUCGUCUAGAAUUGCGUAAAAACAUUGAUACUGAUGAAUUAGACUCUGACACUAAGAAUAUGGAUGAGGAAGUAGUAGAAUUUUUUGUCAAGGAGGAAACUCAUAUUAUUGAUGACAAGUAAACGCACACAGAAACAUCGCUAUUCUAUAAAACCGUCUCUGUCGCAUUCACUUCUGGAAACAGAAUCCACGAAAGUGCUGAGCUAUCUUUUAUCGAAUCAUUCCUGUCGUCUAAAUGACAGGAGUGCAAAUUAUGACAAAUCCAAAUUUUUUAUCAUCAACGAUGAAAUCGAUUGCGUUGUUGCUAGUUUCAUACAACUACCAUCAUAUCGGUUUCUAUCAUAUUCCUUACAGGAUAGCACGGACAUACUAUUUAUAACUCUUAUUUCAUGCUAUUUCAGACUCGGUGACCUAGUACUUUUAAUUAAUUUAUGUGUUCGCUUCGUGUUAUGAAGUUAUUGUACAGAUUACUCGACUGAAAUGCACUGCCAAUGUAUUUUUGGCUUUAAGAAAUUUUAUAAUUAUAAAGCAUGAUUCGUGCUUUUUGUAAUUUUUCAGGUAUACAAAACCGUUUUUCUAUUCGAUUGUUUUUGUCAGCGAAGGGAAUAACUGUAAAAACUAGACUUUUGAACCAGAAUUUUUCUGCUUUAUUGAACGUGAAAUUAGCAUUUUCAGUGUUGACAUAAUUGUUCCAUUAAAU